CAGAAGAAGCCAUGGGAGGCAUGGGUCCUUCUGAGAUCUGGUUGUCUCCUGUCACAAGGGUACUACUCCUGCUAGGCUUACUCUGGGAAGAGUCUCUAUGCCAGAUCUCAAGAUAUGAGACCAAGAGGCAGCCUAUGGUGACUGUUCUGGAGGGGAUGUGUGCCCGGGUCCCCUGCAACAUCUCUUCUCCUCUGGAAUAUAGCUUCAAGGUCUCCCCAAAGUAUGGUUAUUGGUUUAAGAAAAGGACUUAUGAAAAAUAUGACAAGCUUGUGGCCACAAAUGACCCAGAUCGGGAGGUGGAAACAGAAGACCAGGAACGGUUCCACUUCCUAGGGAAUCCCGGGAUGGACAACUGCUUCCUGAGCAUCACAGAGACCCAGAAAGCUGACAGUGGGCAAUAUUACUUCUGGAUGGAGAGAGGGGAACAAAUGAACCAGAUUUACAUGAAACUUUUAGUUUAUGUGAACGUGACAGACUUGACCCAGAAACCAGACAUCUACGUUCCAGAGAAGCUAGAGCCGGGGAAACGAGUGACUCUGAAUUGCACAUUUCCUUGGGUCUGUGAGGAAAAUAAGAUCUUCAGAUUCUCCUGGAUGGGGGCUGCCCUCCCCUCCCAGCAAAAAGUGUUCAGUUCUUCCCCCUACUCAGAAGUCUCCUUCAUUCCUGGGUACCAGCAUCAUGGCACCAACAUCACCUGUCAGCUGACCUUUACUGGACGCCAAUUGAGCACAGAGAGAACCAUCCAACUUAGUGUGUCCUAUCCUGUGCAGAAUGUGACCAUCUCCGUCGCCCAGGACAACAGGACAGCAGUGUCCUCCUUGGCCCAGGAAAACAACUAUUGGCCACUGAUGUUCAUGCUGCUCCGGGGAGUCCUCAUGGGGGCCGGCUUUGCCCUUACCUAUGGCCUCACCUGGCUCUAUUACACCCGAUGAUCCUUCCUUGAAUGCUGGUGCCCAGAAACAUACCCCGCUCUCCAGAUGUGGUGCAUCCCAGCCAGGCCCACUGGACCAUUCCCUCCUUCAUUCCUGGACCAGGGCCUCUUUUCUAGCUGCCUGGGACUGCAGUAGUUUAAGGGGCAUCCACAUAGCUCAGAUGAUUCUUCUUGGACUCAAAGCCUUCCCAAGCAGCCCCAACCAGGAUGGAUUCCUCCUUCUCGGCCCUCUCACCAAUUCUCUCCCAGCUCAGGCCCUUUGGUAUUGGGAUGUUUGCCAUCAGAAAGGUUAUCCCCAGGCCUGCUGACAUGCUGACCUGUGCCUUGUGCUAUUGUUGAAGAGAUGGGGUUAGUCCCUGAGCCAGGAAGACCGGGUUUCAUAGGUCAUGUGGGGACGUCCACCUAUGUGACAAGAGACAAAUAAAUUGUUUCAUCCUUCUGA